AUGACUCUAUCAAACAGUGCAAAAACAUAUCCACCAAGGUUGUAUGAAGAGGGGAAAUGUCCAUUGCAACAUCGAAGCAUGAAUCACAACUCUCACUUGGCUGCUUUGCAGAUGGUCGAGGAAGCAGUUGGCUUAGAUGCGUGGGAAUCCAUUAAAACAUCAUCUGUUGGAGUUAUUGUGAAGUUGAAAGAGAUGGAUUAUACAUGGUCAGCCAAGGCAGUUCACCAUUUAUUGACAAACCAAUUGGUGGUUAAUAAUAUCCAUGAGAUAUGGUCUGUCAUAGAAGGUCAACCAAUUAGGCUAUCUCUAUAUGAGUUUGGUCAGAUUACAGGUUUUAAUUGUGAGCCUUUCGACAUAAAUGAUAAGGUGGAGGUUGAUCAUAAGCCGUUUUGGGAAGAGAUUGGUGUGUCUCCUUCACAUGGUCCUAUGUUUUCUAAGCUGCGCUUAUUGUUAACUCAUAUUAGGAAUUGGUCGUUUGAGAAGAGAAGAAUGAUUGGCUUACUUAGUGUCUUAUCUAUUGGAGUACUUGGCAUCUCUCCUGGCAGUAGAAUUCCUUUGGAACAAGCAAAGAGAGUUCUAGACAUAAAAGCAUUUGAGAGAUACCCUUGGGGACGUGUCGCAUUUUCUAGCCUAGUAAAUUCAGUGAAAGUUAUUUCAUUUGAAGAAAGGAACAAGUAUACUCUUCGCGGAUGCGUACAUGCUCUCCUAAUCUGGGUGUAUGAGUCGAUACCUGGUAUUGGAGAAGAAUAUGGGAAUCGUAUAGAGGGUAACCAGGUUCCUCUUCUCUCUUGGUCUGCAUCCCGUUGCCGCAUAAACUGGGAUCUGUUUUAUAAAAAGGAGAAAAGUCUCCAUCAGAAGGUACGAGUCAGACAUCUCAUUGUCAAAUCAGAAGCUGAGAUAUACCCUCAAUGGCCGGAGGACAAGGUUGAUGAUGAUCUUCACAACUUGAUCACAGACAUUCUACAUGGCAAGCUCGAUGAUACAUAUUGGAACCAGAACACACGUAAUGCACCAGUAGCAAACAAAGCGAAAAGAAAACUAGCGAGCGAAUGUGAAGCGUGUGUCAAGAAAAAAAUGCCAAAAGAGAGGACAUCUGAUUAUGCAUGUGGAUCUGGCCUUAGGUCCGAUGGAGAUGAUGGAUUCAAGCAUGAUUUAAUUGAAGCAGUGAAGACACUGACUUCAACGGUUGCAAGUAUGGACAAAAUAGUUGUUGAGAAGGUGUUGACUGCAGUAGACACAACGAUUGAGGCAAAAGUAAAUGCAAGAGUUGGUCAAGCCGAGCUGGUACUUGCGAAGCAAAUCUCAACGUUGAAAGAAGAUGUUGCUAUACUUCGAGAGAAGAUGCAAGCCAUUGCCCCAAAAAAUGAUGCACACUUUGUAAACCAAGAAGAUGAAGUCAACAGCAAUGACCCCUCAUGGAUGGUCCAAGACAAGGCACCAACACAUUUGGAUGCUGCAGCAGUACAAUGUGUGGUUAGAAAGAAAGCCAAAAAUUCAGAGGUCAAGCUAACGUCUCAUGUUCUACUUGCCACUGAUGGUGAGAAGGUUGUUGGAAAAAAUCAAGCAAAAAGAGCCGCUGGAGAUUUGAAAACAGUGAAGAAGGAGAAGAAUGUAGUUCCACAACUCAGAGAUUCUGCUGAAACAUGGUCUAAUUCAGAAGACAGGAACAAAUAUGGUAAACUAGAUGCCACAUUAGACCAGUUGGCAGCAUCAUUCUUGGAUGGACCUUUGCAAAAACGCAAGCCACAGCUGACAAAGACUCAAGUGUAUCCAUAUGUAGGGAACUCAACUGUGAAGAGGAUCAUAACAGGUGUCUCUAAAGCCUACUAUGAUCCUUUAGCUAAAGUAGAUGAGACAAAAUUUAAGAAGCUACUAGAUUAUCUGCACGAUAUUGCUGGUGAUAAUGAUGUAGACACUCACUUCUACAUGAGGCUAAUAACGCCAAGAGAUGAUUGGGAAACAGAUGAAUCCGGGUGGCUAACAGAUUCUAAUAUGGCAUCUGCAAUGCUUAUGUUUCAUAAAAGACAUAUGAAGAACCCGUCACCAUACUCUUCAUCAAGGAUCGCUUUUCUUGACCACUGGUUUGUCAAGUCGUGGGUCAGAGACUACAAGACAUACGAUCCUAAGACAUGGAAGUUCUCCGACACUUACAAGAAGGUCUUCAAUGGAAAUUAUCCUACAGAGUUUUCCAACAACAGACAGUGGCUGAAGGAUGUGGAUCGAUUGUUUCUUUGCCACUUGAUAAAUGGUAACCAUUGGGUAGCUUUAGAAGUGGAUCUUCUGAAGAAAAUAAUCCAUGUUUAUGACAGCAUACAGACAGUUGUCCCAAGCAUCACGGAUCUACAAGAAGAGUGUCGUUCUUUCAUGAAGAUGAUUCCUCUAUUGCUGAAUGAAAUGGUUCCAGAUAGGAAGAAGAGUUCACAGCAGUUCAAGAUUUCAAGACUUAAAAGUGUGCCCAAGAAUAAAAUCCCUGGUGAUUGUGGUGUUUACGCUCUGAAGUAUAUAGAGUGUAAGGCGAUUGGCUGUGGUUUUGAAGGACUUUCUGACCAGUGUAUUCCAUCAAUGCGUAUUAAAUUAGCUGCUGAGAUCUAUGAUGAAGUUUCGGGUCUGUAG